AUGUGUAUAUUUAUAGGUUCGUCAAAUGCUUUACCCAGCCCUCCAGAAUGUGGUUAUAAUUCUUCGAGAUCAGAUCAUUACCCAUGGAUAGUCUAUUUGGAACAUUUUCCGAUUGGAGACAAAUCGUCAAAAUAUCCGACGUACAUUUCAAAAGGAUUUCUCAUUGAUAAGCAGCACAUUCUUACAUCCACGCAAAAUGUUGAUGUUUCACAAUAUCUAAGAUUUGAUAGAGUAUUUUUUGGUGAGUACGCACACUUAACAGAAAAUCAAACCGAAAUAAAGUAUGCAGAUAGAAGAUAUGUUUUAGAUAUUAACACACACGAGCAAGCUGAUUUAGCUGUUGUUAAAUUUGGACCUCCUAUUGUAAUCACAGAUGAAAUAAGGCCCAUUUGUCUGCCAACCCGUGUAGAAGAUAUAUCACGUUUUAAAUUUUAUAACUAUAUGUGCACGAGAUAUUCUCAUGCCUUUAACGCCGAAACACAUCCAUCAGGCCAUGCAACUAGAACAAGAAGUUUAGUUCGCCGAUGGAAGAAACAAAACUGUGAUGCAUACUACUAUGUUUUAGGAGCACUGUUAUUCCCAUGGCAAGACUGUUUCUCAGAAACUCGGCUGAAUACUUGCUCAGGUGAUUUAGGGGGUCCCUUGAUGUACAAUGACGGCGGAUACCAUUUCGCAGCCGGUGUUGCAUCGCAAGCAACUUCGAUUUACGAAAUUCCACCAAACUCACCCACAAUCUAUGUCAACUUAAUGGAAACUUCGGGAAAGUUGUUGGAAUGGGUCGUUAACGCUACAGAAACUUCAGUGAAUUAA